AUGUCGAAGAUCCUCCCCGCGCAGCUUUCAGAGGCCAUCCAGGCCGUCCUCACCACCCGCAAGGAGCGCAAGUUCAAGGAGAGCAUUGACCUGCAGGUGAACCUCAAGAACUACGACCCGCAGAAGGACAAGCGUUUUUCCGGCUCUGUGCGGCUGCCGCACGUCUGCCGUCCCCGCAUGACGGUCUGCCUGCUCUGCGAUCUCGUCCACGAGGACGUCGCCAAGAAGAAUAACGUCCCGACGAUGAACCAGGAGGAGCUGAAGAAGCUGAACAAGAACAAGAAGCUGGUGAAGAAGAUGUGCAACCAGUACGACGCAUUCCUCUGCUCUGAGUCGAUCAUCAAGCUGGUGCCGCGUCUCGUGGGGCCGCACAUGCAUCGUAUGGGCAAGUUCCCCACGUCUGCGCCAUGA